AUGGUGGAUCCUAAGGAGCUCGAAAGCGCUCCACUGUUGGGCAACAAUGCAGGAGAUUCAAGGCCCAAAACCAAAAAAAACCCCAGAAGACGCAAAAGAAAGUCAGCUUUCAAGGGACCCGGAAGCGUAGUCGCAUCAGAUUCAUCGCAUGUGGCGCUACAUGAGCCUCAGGAACGUCCUCUGUCGUCGGCAAAUGAUUUUGACAAGACGGACUCGUGGGGCAUUCUACACGAAGGCACAGAUGAAGAAACUUCCAACACCAGGGGGUCUUCGGACGUGAAUCUCGCAUCACUUCACCAUCCGCAGUCGUAUUUCGAUCACAGGCCAUCUAUCGCCGUCAUGGAGGCAAUCAAUUCUUCUAGCAGCGUACGGAAACCCCGGAGAGCAAGCGUUUCCCGUGGUAACCAACAUGGACCCGUUAGUAGCAGCGCUCAAAAUGUGUCAAACGUGUCAAGCAAGAAAAAGUCCAGCAAGUCAGAAACGCCUCUGCUCUCGCCCCAGGAUGCUGAACGGUGGGCGAAAUACGCUUCCAAACAUUACGAAAAACCAGACGCACACUCAAGAGGCGACGACGUUGUGAUCGAUGUGGAUGCGCUCAUGGAUCACGUGAUUCGCUCGAAUAACAGCCAUUCUUCGACAAAGUCGUCGUCUGUGAACCCAUCCGAGGAGGGCUAUCAUUCGAGGCCUUUGUCCAGGCGCAGCUCCGCCAGCUCGUCCAUCAAUGAUGUGUGCUUGCCUCUCGAUGACGAAGAUGUCGCAGGCACCAAGGUAUGGCCCGAUGUUGCUGUUCUGGAAGAGUAUUCAAAAGCAGAAACGGACAGGCUCAGGAGUCAGGCUGUUCAGGACGCCGAAAACUUUCAUUUCCAGUAUGACGACGAAGACGACGAGUACGAAGACAGCCAAAAUAACGAUGGUGUGCUGUUUUCGAAGCCCAUUGUCACCAACAUCGACGUUCCUGAACUAGGUAACACAAGAAUUAAUGAAGCAGAGCACAUGGAGGCAGGACGUUUGAGGCCAAAAAAGAUUACUCCGUGGCAUUUGCGCCGCAAGGGGAAUAACAUACCGGGGUUUUCAGGGCAAACAGAUGCGAAAAACGUCAGUUUGGUGACCAAAAACGAACAGAAACAUCAAGAGGAAUAUUUGGUAGGAAAUAGGGUUCAGUACCCACCUCACAUUGUCUCCAACAACCCAGAACAUUUCCGGUUUACGUAUUUCAGGGAGGAUCUGGACUCUACGAUUCAUUCGCCCACCAUUUCGGGUUUACUGCAGCCUGGGCAAAAGUUCGAAGAGCUUUUCGUCGCCUCAGCUUAUUCAGGAAAUAGCAGCAAUGGCAGCAAUAGCGAAAAUAACAAUACCAGCAAUACUCCUGGCGAGACGAAAAACAAUACUCCGCAGCAGCAACAGACGCCUUUGCAGCGCUUAACUACAACGCAGUCUGGAAGCUUGGACAUGUAUGACUGUGAACCUUUUUGGCUAGACGUUUCCAAUCCGACUGAGGAAGAGAUGAAGGUUUUGAGUAAGGCGUUCGGUAUCCAUCCUUUAACGACGGAGGAUAUCUUCCUUGGUGAAGUGCGCGAAAAAGUCGAGCUAUUCAAGGACUAUUAUCUUGUUUGUUUUCGAAGCUUCGAUAUCGUUGCUGAGCGCCAUACCCGUAACAAGAAAAUGCAACAACAGGAGACAAGUACCUACAACUCUCCAGACAAUGAUCACCCCGAAAGCUCUAAGGGGUGGUUGUCAAAGCUGUUCCGGUCGCGCAGGCGGUCCUCGACCAACAAAACAACGUCGAGCUCGAGUUCCAGCUACAGAAGCAAAGCGAGGAGAGAGAUAGAGGAGAACGAGAAGUACAAACGUAAGUCUGGGGACAGGAGGAAACCACGGGGUGGUGAGCUGGAGCCUUUGAACGUUUACAUUAUUGUGUUCCGCACCGGUGUGUUGACAUUCCAUUUUGCGCCAACACCUCACCCCAUCAAUGUGAGGCGCAGGGCGAGAUUGUUGAAGGACUACUUGAAUGUGACUGCUGACUGGAUUGCGUACGCGCUGAUUGACGAUAUCACCGAUGCUUUUGCACCAAUGAUAGAAAUAAUCGAGGACGAAGUGCACGACAUCGAGGAGUCUAUUCUAAACAUGCACCAAUCCGGCGAUUCUUCAGAGGACGACGAAGAUUCUUCAGAGGACGAAAGCUACGGCCGCCAUUACUCUGCCAUCGAGCGCUACCCUAGAAGAGGAAGUGCCGUGGGCGAUAACGCAACGUUCUCGACAAGAACCAGAUCGACACGCUCGUCCAGUUCGAGCUCCAGCAUCGACACCAACAUCAUUGGAUGGAAGCGUAAAGGCGACAUGUUGAGACGUAUCGGUGAAUGCAGAAAGCGAGUCAUGAGUAUUGUGCGCCUGCUGGGAUCUAAAGCAGAUGUCAUUAAAGGAUUUUCAAAACGGUGUAACGAACAGUGGGAGGUCGCACCCCGGUCAGAGAUCGGAAUGUAUCUGGGUGACAUUCAGGACCAUAUUGUGACCAUGGUUUCGUCUCUGAACCACUACGAAAAGCUGCUAAGUCGUUCACAUUCUAAUUACCUGGCUCAAAUCAACAUUGACAUGACUAAAGUUAACAAUGACAUGAAUGACGUUUUGGGCAAGAUUACGAUAUUGGGUACGGUAGUAUUGCCCAUGAAUAUCAUUACAGGGCUCUGGGGUAUGAAUGUUCUGGUGCCUGGUCAAGAAAACCACUCUCUCACCUGGUUUACCUGCAUCACCACGUCGAUGCUAGUGUUCGCCUACAUCGCCUACUUUUACACCAAAAAGCGUUUUGGCUUCUGA